UAUCGGUAUCUACGAAUUUAUAACGAGAAACGCGCUGAAUAGUCGCAAGCGAUUUGAAAAGUAAAGUUAUCACAUUCUGGGAUCAGCUUUAAGAAUAUCGAUAUUGUGGCAGUCUGUUAUACACAUAAAUCCUCUACCCAACGAAUAUCAAAAUGCAUAUCUCAACGAUUGUCGCAACUGCGCUGCUUCCUUUGUUGGCAGUAGCAGCAGACCCUUCUACUACCACGUCUACUAUGACGAUGACAAAGUACAUUACUAUCCAGAACGUUGCCACCUCAAGUAUCUUCAGCGCAAACUCGACUUCCGUCUACCAGCCUACCGGCACCAUUUCUUCUUUCCACUCCUCCAGUAUCGCUCUUCCAACGACAACGACUGGCUCUGAUGGUACUCCUACAAUUGUUGCGCCCACAGUCAGCCCUACCAUCGAUAACAACAACGGCGGCGCAUCGCUUGGCUCUGCCCAUGUUGCGCUUGCGGGGCUGGCUGGUAUUGUUGUCGCCGCGCUGAUGUAAGUUGCGCCGUGUUGGGCAACUUGGCCGAGGAGCGCCAAAGGGGGGGUACAACGAAAACAAAAAUUAAACCUAUUCGAUACGAACGUCAUCUACUUCAUUUCUUUUGUCAAAAAUCAGCACUCCUCGUUUUCAGCGCUAUUUGGUCACACACUAUACGCGACAAGGUACUAGUCCGCGAA